GGUCAACAACUUCGAUCCAAGUUACUACAGCGAUACUUUGGACCUCAUGGACGAUCAGAUCGAUUGAGUGAUGGUUCCGAUGGCGUUAAAUCAGCCGGACAUGCUGACAAAGAUUACGAGGUACGAAUGGAGGAACGGUCAUUGUACGAUAUCCAGUGUCGCCUGAAUGAUGCAGGAGCUUCCGACCUUGUCAUCGAUAUCAUCACGGAAGAGCCCAAUGCUGGCUACCUAAAAUCAGUGGCAGGAUUGAAUGGGUUGUUUACCUCUGAACUUCAGGUACAACAAUCGUUCUAUAACCGUUUGAAAAAGAAAGACGCUCAUGAGCCAUUCUUCAAAGCCAUCUCACAACGAAUACAAACGGCACAAAAUCGUCUAAAAAGUGAUAUGAUGUCAUGCAAUGAGAAUAAACCCAAAGGAGGCAAGUCAUUCUCAGGACCUAAGGGACUGUUUGGCUUCGAUUCAAGAUAUCUGAGUAGGCACCAUCAGCUGGCGCCAGUAGACGAUGUAAGUGUAUCCGUGUGUGUGUGCCCUUGCUUGUCGCAAACCAAUAUAUCAUCUACCGCACUUACACCAGUGUCAUCAGAACAUGGAAAUGGUGGUCCCGGGGCACUGUUUGCUGCAAACCAUAUCAGGCAUCCAUCACUAUCCGAAAUCUCCAAUCACUCACACGAAAUGACCAGCGUUCCUGAUCUAUCACCGUAUCAAGAUGACGAACGGACCAGUGAUGCUUUACCGCCUGAGGUUGCAAUCAUCGAGCCAAUUUUGCGUGUGCUACAGCUCCUAUGUGAGAACCACAACAACCUUCUACAGAAUUUCAUACGGAAGCAAUCUGACCGUACCAAUCACAAUCUGGUUUCCGAUACCCUCAGUUUCCUGGAUACCGUAUGCGGCUCGACGAAGGGUAGUCUAGGCGUGUUUGGAGAAAUUGGCGAGCAUAAUUUCAGCCUCAUCACUCAGACGCUUGCCACUCUCACUGAGUUCUGUCAGGGACCAUGUCAUGAAAAUCAGGUCUGUCCAGUCAACACAAUGGCAAUGCAAGAGAAUGGUCUGAAUAUCAUUAUCUCGUUGGUGUUGAACGACAUCAAACCCUUAGCUGACGACCACAUGGAACUGGCACUGGAGAUUAAGGCAGUGUUUCAGAGUCAGGCUUCAAAACUCUUGUUGGCGAUUAUGGAGUCACGGCAUGAUAGCGAAAACGCGGAACGUGUUCUACAAAAUAUGGAUAACACUGACGGAGGACCACGACAGCUGGUUGGUCCGGAAAUAGUGCAUGCUCUUACUCAAGCUUAUGAGAUGGCACACUCGAAGCAAUAUGAGAUCAUCCAAAUGCGGCGGGAGCUGUUGCAACGGGCGAAUUUCCAUGACGGUCCGACCAGUGUCGUUAGUCCACUGAUAAAAACUGAAGCAGUAACAUUACCGGAGAUUUCUGUCGAUGCGUCUGGAACAGUGUCCAUACAUGACGAAGCUACGAAGGUCGAUAUGAAGUACAUGGCAGAUGACGCUUCAACUGUCGACCCUAAAGAGGUCGGUCACAACAUCUACAUUCUCGCUCAUCAGCUAGCCAGACAUAGCCCCGAAUUAGCUCAAUGCCUUGAUCCGGACGACGAUAAGAAAUCUGUACAGACNAGGAAUGCACUCGAGUUCUAUAAGAAACACACGGCACAGAUUGAGAUCGUCCGUCAGGAUCGCACCUUGGAGCGUGUCGUGUUUCCCAUACAUGAGAUUUGCUCAUUUCUCACAAAAGAAACAAAACAAAAUGUUUAUAACAAUACGGAAAGGGACAAUCAGGGAUCCAAAGUUACGGAAUUUUUCGAUCAAUGGCCUGCAAUGUACCAGGAGAUGAAGUGGCAACGCAAGCUUCAAGAUCGACCAUAUCUUUCUGCAUGCACACAACGUCUACGAUUGUGGGGUCGUCUAGCUUUUCUAUUUGCUGUACUAGUCAAUAUAAUUAUUGCUCUUUAUUAUCCAUUUGAAACAGCUGACACGGGUCUCUGUGCAUCUAAUCCUUUCAUGUACACAUCAUCUGUGAUUUCUAUUAUUUUCCUUUAUUCACAAUGGGACGAGAACUCUUCUUUGGCGAAAAGUUCGAAUAUUAUAACGGCAAUUGGAGCUGUGAUGUUUAGUGUGGCAAUAUUGCUCAUCUCAUUAUUAGGUGUAGUACCGGCAUUGUAUUUAAUAGGAUUGGCUCAGCUGUUCGAUAUUGUUGCCAGUGAAGAAACACUUCGUAAUGUGAUCGCUUCGGUAACCAGAAAUUGGCAGUCAAUUAUUCUUACCGGUUUGUUGGCGCUCAUCCUCGUCUACAUCUUCUCCAUUGUCGGCUAUACAUUCUUCCAGAAAGACUUCUCCCUCGAAGUAGAUCCAUUGGAAGAUGAUACUCCAGUAGCUACGAUAUUUACAAAAGAUCCUGCCCCAGAUACAUGUAGUGCUGAUGGUGGCUGCCCAACACCUGCGCCCGUGAAGGAAGAGGAAAAAGACGACAAAAAGGAUGGUAAGCCGUGCCGUGCAGACGAUAAAAAAAUUCCAUCAUGUACAACACUGCGAAUGUGCAUCAUUACGACAUUGAAUUGGGGAUUGCGUAAUGGUGGUGGUAUCGGUGAUGUAUUGAGGAAUGUCGGUCCUGAUGAGAGACUCUUUUACUACCGUAUCGUCUACGACUUGUCGUUCUAUGUGGUGCUUAUCGUUAUCACUUUGAACCUCAUUUUUGGUGUUAUCAUUGACACAUUUGGGGAUUUGAGGACAGAAAAGAAUGACAAGGAAGAUGUGCUGAAGAACACUUGUUUCAUUUGUGGAUUGGAGCGUGGAAAGUUUGAUAACCGACCGGUGACAUUUGAAGAUCAUCAAGCUGAAGAGCACAAUUUGUGGCAUUACCUUUACUUCAUAGUAUGGCUACAAAUCAAAGACGAGACGGAAUUCACAGGACCGGAAAGUUACGUCGCACAGUGUGUGAAGGACCGUAAUCUGGAUUGGUUCCCGAGAAUGCAAGCGAUAUCAUUACAAGAUGGUGACAGCGAAACCGAUCAGCCGGAAAUCGCCGCCAUUCGUGAGCAACUACGACAGCAAGAUCAGUCUAUACGCGAUUUGACGGCUUCAAUUGAUGACCUUAGACAGGUGAUGGCCGGAAUCAUUCAGCAAGGACGUCGUACAAGUGUAAACUACUAA